AUGGCAGACAAAACAACUCUCCUACUUUUUACAAAAGACCAAGAAGAAAACGCUGAAAAGCUACGGACAGUUUUAGAAAGCGAGGGUGAAGUAUUUGUACUGGAUCUUGCUGAUAUUGCUAUUCGUGGUCUCUCGCUUAAAGACGAAAUCCGCACAGGUUGUGACUGCACUGUUUUGAUUUGCUCUUCUGAAGCGACGCGGCUUAUUAACGAGGAAGAAUCCUACGUUUUUGUUACAAAAGGCGGACAGGAAGUAAACUUCGAUGGGAAAGUGAUCAGCAAUGUUCUCAAGGAAGACGAUGGAAAGUUACGUCGUAAAAUAAUUCCGGUAUCUUUCGUGGAACUUCCAUCGGUUUUACACGGAGCGGGUACAAGGCGUAAGGAUCGACAAAGUGCGAUUUCAUUUGAAAUAAACCAAGGAGAGGUCACAGAAGUAAUGUUGGAAGGUGAUAUCUUACAAUCAUUGAUUGAUGCUAUUAAGACGGUCUAUAAAUGAUUCGAAAUGCGACGAAAUGUUAAGCAAGUGUUUCUUUUUACGGUCCUGUUGUGCAUAUAAAUAAAUCAGCGGAGGAUUUCUGGUGAAGAAAAUGAAAGAAUGAUCGCGUAAAUAUCUAUAACGUAGAAACGAGUGUAUCGUAAAGAUAGCGAUUGCUGCGCUUAGUUUAGCGGGUAAUGUCAACCAGAAGGCUAGUGGAGAUUGGAAAAAUAGAACAGCUUUAUUGAGAAGUUUGUAAGCAUUUUUCAUGAACACAACAAUAAGCAGGGAUUUUAUUAACGCAACAAUAAACAGGAACAAUAACAUUAACAUAUGACAGUAUGCAGAUUUCACAAGUUUGGCAAACAAAACGAACUUUGAAUAACUGUAACUUCGAUAAUUGUGGAAAUAUCUCUAUAGCAGAAAUCAGAGAUCCCAGAUCCCUCCAUUGUAACUGAUAUAAAUUUAAUAAACGGUUUGCUUUCUUUCACCAGAAGUUGUUAUUCGAAGUUCUUUUCAAUCCGCUGAUGACCAGGGAAAAGCGACAGAGAGGAGGCUGAAAACAAGCCUUCCUCGCCCCAGUUCCUUCCUUCGUGUUCGCUACAGCACUCGCAUGAAACUGAGCUUAGACAUCAACAAUAGGCCAUUUUACAGUUGUGUACUUAAAUGCCAAGCCUUUGAUUUGGAGUGAGGCUAAAGGUGACCUUGUUGUGAUAAAGACCAGUAUCUCGUUAGCUAAAAAGGCAAUUUACAUUUGAAAAGCAGCAAGGUUUCUAUCAUAACAAGGUCACCAUUAACAUCACUCCUGUUAAAAGGCUUAGAAACCAAACACGUAAUAUCGUCUUACAUGUCACGUACGCUUUUGUCUUCAAAUGGAUUCCACAGGAAGUAUUAGAGAAAGAAAAGAAGAAAAAAGCUUUAGAACUGAUAGA